AUGUCCACUACGGCCUUUAUCAUCUUGGACCUACAACAGGGCGUCAUCCCCAUGAUUGGGGAUAUUGAUCGCGAGGGUUAUCUCAAACUCGUGGCGCAGACUGCCCAGAAAGCACGUGAAGCCGGAGUCCAAGUGAUUCACGUCCGAACAGCCUUUCGACCAGGAUAUGAAGACCUGGCUACCAGGAACAAGUUCAUGGGCGGUCUCUCCACCAUGGGAGAGGGUAUGUUUACUGAAGGCCACAUCUCGUCGGACUUUGAUCCAGCCGUCGCCCCUCCUGCUGGUUCGAAGGACAUUGUCGUCACCAAGAAGAGAACCUCAGCCUUUGCUGGCUCUGACUUGGACACCGUCCUCAGGACUCUGAAGAUCGAUACCCUGGUGCUUACGGGUGUAGCUACUAGCGGUGCAGUCCUGUCGACUCUGAGACAGGCUGCUGACUUGGACUUUGUCAUCACUAUUGUGGAGGACCUGUGUCUGGAUCGCGACGCAGAGGUGCAUCGGGUGUUGACGCAAAAGGUGUUUCCUAGACAGGCAACUAUUUCUUCGGCCAAAGAAUGGAUCGAGUCACUGAACUAG